GCCGCCGCCGUCCCCUCGGCAGCCCGAGCAGCGCAGGCACACAGCCGCGGGUGCCGAAUCACCGGAGAGCGCUUGGUUGUUUCUUUUUGGUGGCCAAGAGCGGGGGCACGAAACGCGGAGUGUUCGCGGCAGUGGUUCCUAUUCUACGGUGCGGACGGGGGGACCCCGCGUCGUCUCCGCCGUCUUCGUCGUCUGUGUGCGCGCCGUCGAAAGUAGAGAGGGGGGGCCCUGCUGUUCCCAGUGCGCUGCUGUGUUCCUUGCUUGAUCGGCGGGGCCGCCGCCGUGCCUGGUUUUGGUUCCCGCAUGUGGGGUGAGCAGUGCGGUGAGCGCGUCGCCGUCUCGGGCGGCGAAGAAGGCCUAAGCGGGCGCUCGCGGCCGGCGGCGUGAGAGAAGCGAGCGCGCUCACGCGCGCGAGCCGCGCGCGCCGUGCGGCCACCGCCGCCGCUGCCUUCUGCGGCCCGCGAUGAUGUGUCGUCGGCUGCGCCGGCGGGCGGCAGUGGCUCGCGAGGCCGGCCCCGCCGUAGCUGCCCAAUGAAGCGUCGCGGUGGUGGGCGGCGUGCGUCCGACGGCUGCCAGCGUGUUCUCGUUCCCGCUGUUCGGAGGACCCAAGGGGCCCCUCGGCUCCGUGCUGCCGCCGGCGGCUCGUGCCAUGACGUCGGCGGCGCCGAAAGCGGCGGGGCCCCCCAUGAGCGGCGCGGGGCCUCCGCCCAUGCCGGACCUGAGCCACCUGACCGAGGAAGAGCGCCGCAUCAUCGAGUCGGUCAUGGCACGCCAGAAGGAAGAGGAGGACCGCGAGAAGGAGAUCCUCAAGAAAAAGCAGGACGAGGUGCAGCUGCUCGAGUCGGCCAUCGGCCAGCGCAGCGCCGAGCAGCGCAAGCUUGGCGCCGAGCUGGAGGCCACCUGCCAGAUCUGCCUCAAGACCAAGUUCGCCGACGGCAUCGGGCACAUCUGCAACUACUGCAACAUCCGCUGCUGCGCCCGCUGCGGGGGCAAGGUCACGCUGCGCUCCUCCAAGGUCAUCUGGGUCUGCAUCCUCUGCCGCAAGAAGCAGGAGCUGCUCAUCAAGACCGGGCAGUGGAUACACGGGGGAUCGCAGCUCGUGCCGCCUUCCGCGGGCGGCACGACCGCCAGGGGUCGCCUAGAGCGCGCCCACUCCGCCGAGAAGGACAACUACACCGGCCACCCGACAUCUAUGCCCAUGGGUCUCGUGCGGGGAGGAAGUCUACAGCGGUUAGGAAACCUCGGAGGGCGGGAGCUACGACGGCAGUAUUCUUCACAGGAGCCGUGUCUUGGCGACCGGCGCAUGUCAGGCUGUGACCCGCACCUGCGCUCGUCGCGGGAACCCUCGCCCGAGCGCCGGUGGCCACCCCGGCUACAACCGCAGCCGGGUCAGCCCUUUGCACCGCACCACAUGCAGCAGCAACAGGGGCCUUCCAUGCAGGGGGGCCUCUCCCAGCAGCAGCAGGGGCCGUCGUCCCUGCAGAGCGCGCAGGUCGGCCACCACCACAUGCACGGCGUCCCGGUGGCGGCAGCGGCGGGCCUUCAGCCUCAGCAGCAGCCGCAGGCCCAGCAGCAGCAGCAGCGGCGCAAGGUGGACUCCGUGGUGCGCAACGACUCGCUGAGCUCGGACCAGUCUGAGUGCGUGCGGCCGCCUCCGCCCAAGCCGCACCGGCACAAGCGCGGACGCAAGAUGCGCCAGCGCUCGCUCAGCUCCUCGGACGACGAGGCCCGCUCCACGCCGGACUGCUCCAGCUGCGAGGAGAGCGAGAGCGUCAGCGAAAAAGGUGACUGCGCGUACGCGCCGCGCGUGCCCCCCGUCGGGGGCGGUGCGGCGAGCGUGCCUUACGCGUACGCCACGGCGACUACUCCCAAGGGCGGCGGCGGCUGUAGCGCGGGCAGCGGCUCCGGCGACACGUGCCGCAAGAAAACGGUGCGCUUCAAUCGGGACCACGGCGGCUGCAGGGACGCGCUCACCAAGGACUCGGGCAUUGACACCAGCAGUAGCGCGACGCUGAACGAGGACUUGUGCCUCAAGCACCCGGCUUCGUGGAAGCCCUCGGCGGACGGCACGCGCAUGCUGGGUCACAUGGUGCUGAAGAAGAACCUCCAGGAGGGAGGCAGCUCGAGCGCCGCCAUCUUGGGCCUCAAGGUGGUUGGCGGAAAGAUCCUCGAAUCCGGCAAGUUGGGCGCUCUCGUCGAGAAGGUGAAGAAGGGCAGCGUCGCCGACACCGUCGGACACCUCAAGCCUGGAGACGAAGUUUUGGAAUGGAACGGCCGGUCACUUCAAGGGAAAACAUACGAGGAGGUCUACGACAUCAUAUCAGAAUCUAAGCAGGAAAUGCAAGUCGAACUCGUCGUUUCUAGGCCGCUCAGCGAUGCUGGAAGGGGAGACAUAUCGGACAGAAAUAUGAGGAGACACGUUUCCGGACCCAGCACGGGGAGCACCACAAGGCGAGACGUGAGGAAGCACGACUACUCAGACCGGAGGCCCAGCGUUACGGUGACGCCAGGCUCCCCCACGUUAGGCCACAGACCUCGUCGUUCUCCAAUACUUGGCGGACGCAUCCGGAUCAAACUCUGGUACGAUGCUCAAUCCCUGCAGUUAGUUGUUACAAUUGUUUGUGCCACAGAGCUUCCACCGCGAUCUAAUAACCAAGCCAGGAAUCCCUAUGUAAAAAUGUUCCUGCUCCAAGAUAGAAGUGAAAAGAGUAAAAGAAGAACAAAGACCAUUGCCAACACGAACGAGCCCAAGUGGAACCAAAGUUUCGUGUACGCUCCACUGCGGAAAAGUGACUUAAUAAGCCGAGCCCUGGAGGUGACCGUCUGGGACUACGACCGAUACGGCGCCAACGAUUUUCUCGGAGAGGUUGUGAUUGAAUUGGCUACGGCGCCUUUAGGUGGAGAUGGCGAAUGGUAUCCCUUAACCAGUCACGAGGAAAGCUUAGGUGUACAGUAUAAAAAUCGCAACAUGUACCUGGAUACGGAAGGUACGAGCUCAGUGACGUCAUCAGAUCGCCUCUCACCGCCAUCCACGAUAUCAAGGCUCUCCGACAGCGACCUGUCCGAAAUUGACUACGACGACGCCAUCCCCAUCCUCAGAGACCGUCGCAGCCUGGAGGGCCCGAGCCUAUCGGCGUCGGCGGGUGGCGGCUGCGGCAGCCCCCCGCUGGAAGAGGAGUUCGGCGAGCGGCCCACGCGCCGGGACAUGCCCCACCGGCGCCACCGGUCAGGCUCCGUGGUGCUUCCCGACGGAGGAGGAGGAGGCAGGGAGCAGCAGCCGCAGUCGCUGUACCGAGUGCCUUCCCGGUCGCUGGGCUCCGGACCCAUGGGCGGCCGGCUCAUGCAGUCCAGCUCCAGGUCGCUGUCGCCGCCGGACAUGAGGCCCAUGCUGCCUCCGCCCGACGACCGCAUGCCCGGCAUGGGUAGCCGGGUGUCCCACUCCCUGGGCGGCACGCCGACGGGCACGCCCACGCCUAAGAAGCGCCACCUGCCCCAGGUACCACCACCCGGUGCGCGUAGGGCGCCCGGUACCAGCCGGGACCAGAUGACCCUCGACAUGGAGGAACGCGCCCGACAGCUCAAGCUCCAGAUCAAGCAGCGCCGAUCCGGCACAAUGACGCCGGUAGCCAUGUACUCGGACAGCGAGGUGAGCCUGCGACACCACCAGGCCCUGGAGCACGCGCACCACCACCACCGGGGUGGCCCUGGCCUGCCCCCGGGGGGACCCGCCUUGCAGAGAGGCCGCGGUCCCUCGCACCACCACCGGGGCGGCGGCAGCCGGCUGGCCGCCGGCCUGGGCCUGGGCGGUACCAUGCUCAGCCCUGAAGGGGGCGCCGAGGGCGGCGCCGCCGGCGAGAGCGACGGCUCGGAAACCAGCUCCGUGUCCAAGUUCUCCGUCACCAGUGCCUUCUCCACGCAGUCCGAGCGCCCCAGGAGUAGCAGGACGCUCAGCGAGUUCACGACGCGCAUGCAAAGCUACGGGCCCGUGCACCCAGUUCGCGCAGCGCCCAGUGGUGCGACACUGGGCCGCACCCACAGUGAAGAGGAAGCCACCAGCAUCGAGAAAGUGGACGGCAGCCUCUCGGACACGGCUGUCGGCUCGCUCACGGAAAAGGCCGCCGACCGGCUACUCAGCGCGAAUGUUCGCCUUCCGCCCAGUCAGAAGAAGCGGCUGGGCUUUCGCAAGAAGCGGUCGUCGACCUUCAGCGUGCACCGCAGCGAGGAAGUGGCACCCGAGGAGGUGCGCCACCUGGUGCGGCAGGCCAGCAGCGUAUCGUCCGACGGGGAAGGGAGCUUGAGCGGAGACAGCGCCACGUGGCUGCCUUCGCUCAGGCUCACAGCCGACGGCGGCGAGUUCGCCAAGUUCGUCGACAAGCUGGGGCCCGGCCAGCUGGUAGGCCGCCAGGCACUCGCCUCACCCAUCCUCGGCGAGUUGCAAGUCUCCCUAUGCGACCGGCGCACUCACCUCGAAGUCGAGGUCAUACGCGCCAAGGGACUGCAGCCCAAGCCCGGCGCCAAAAUGCUGCCAGCACCUUAUGUCAAGGUGUACCUCAUCAACGGCAGAAAAUGCAUAGCAAAGGCAAAAACGGCAACAGCUCGACGAACUCUAGAUCCACUUUACCAGCAGGUGCUAAUAUUUAAUGAAGAUUACCGAGGUUGUGUGCUUCAGGUGACGGUUUGGGGCGAAUACGGGCGCAUGGAGAAGAAGGUGUUCAUGGGUGUGGCUCAAAUAGUGCUCGACGAGCUGAACCUGGCCAACAUGACCAUUGGCUGGUACAAGCUGUUCCCGCCGUCGUCGCUGGUCAAUGUCGCAGCGGCCGCCUCCUCUUCUUCGCAAGGAAACUCGCUUGCCUCCAUGGACAGUUUUGGCUGACAAAGAGACACGCAGCCGCGAGGCGACUACGCCAAGCGGCGCUACCAUGGCACUACAGCAAGGAGCAGACACAGUGGCGCCAGAGAACGACGAUGCGGACGAUUCCCGCCGAGGUCACAGCGAGAAGAGAGAGUGUUUGUGGCUGCUGCCAUCGUUGUUGUGACUGUGCAGGAAAUGACUCACAGUGGGGAGAGCAGAGAGACUCUGUGGUGCGCUCCCUUAGCUCUGCGGUGGCCGACCAGAGGUGCAGAAGGAACCGUACAAAGGAGAAAAAAAAAAAGGAGGGACGUGCGAUGAUAGGAGGAGGGUGUGACGCCGAUGUGGUGUCACUGCUCCCUUUUACUUCUCGCUCGGGCCCCUCCUCACACCACCCCACAUGCUCUCUUGCCCACGCCCCCCCCAACCCCCAAAGUAGAAACAAAGAAACACAAGCGCGGGUACUGGCGAGGUUCUCGCUCUUUGCCCGGCCACUGAACAAAGAAGAAAGACAACGCCCGGCAGUGUAUUUUUUUUUGUCUUUUCCUUUUUGUGGAAAAAGGAAAACACACACACAGGUAGGUGCGUGAGGGAGGGAAAAAAAUAAACACAAGAAAACAAAGCUCCGGAAGAGAGAGAGGGUGAAGUGAGAGCUGUUUUCUGCAGCAAAAUAUGCUCAGAUACAAUAGAUAUAUAAAUACUAUACAUAUGUGCAAAUCAGAACUUUCCAAGCAUGGUAUUCUCUCUCUCUCUCCUUGUUGGCCUUCUGUUGACUUUGUAAAUGAUUCUCCCCCUUUGUUUCAGCAUUCUAUUGUUUUCCUCCUUUCAGUUCAUUUGAUAGACGCGCUUUCUCAGUUUUUGUUUCUUCUUUACAAAAAAAAAAAAAACGGGAGGGACGGAAGCAAGUUUUACUUUUCAAGCUUCUCUCAAGUCUCGAGGGAAAGUGCCUGUUAUGCUCUGUGCAUACGUCUGUCUGUAUCUUGUGCUGUUUCUAUAGGAUGCCUAGGAAAAAGAACUGUCCAUGUACUAACCUGAUGGAACCGCGUGUGUGCAUGGGCUGGCAAGUGUCAUCACUCAUUGUUGAUCACAUCAUCUUGUGAAAUACUAUAUAUACAUAUAUAAAUAUAUAUAUAUAUAUAAUACACACACACACACAUGACACAUAAUGCUGUUCUUAUCUGCCAUUCCUGUUUUCUUUAUUCAUUUAGGCGUUGUUACACAUGACGGCUGUUCUACGAAGACAUCGCUGCGGCGCGUUUUUUUCUUGUUCUGUUGACAAGUGCUGUUGCGUGAUGCAAAUGUGAGGAGAGAGAGAAAAAAAAAAGGUUGUUGGUUCUUGCGAACUCUUUUUCCUAUCAAUGCUGUGCUUUGUUUCGCUUUUCACAUGUGGUUGCUGUUUUCUAUUGCCACACGAGACGACGACGACGACUACUACUACUACUACUACUACAACUACUAUUACUGCUACUACUACUACCGACAAGAGAAACGACUAUAUCUGCUCUUAGUUAAUUUUUGUUCAUUUUCUUCUUUAUUCUUCUCCACUGAAUCAAAAUGGAAAAAAAAAGAUAAAUACUAGUUUCAAGCCAUUUCUUACAGCAUGAAAUCAUGCCUUCAAGUUUUUCACUUCUGUAGAUAAUGCUCUCAUUGCAGCAGUCUGAUGCUAAUACGGAUUUCGCUGCAUGCAUAGGCUUGCCUGUUAAAUAAAUCCUUGGCUUCAAAGCUCUGGUUUGAAGUUGCAACACUGUAAUGCAAGACAAGGUAACUCCAGUGCUAACUGUUCCCUCUUUGUUUGUUGCUGCUGCUGUUGUUGCCUAGUUCACAAAGUAAAACUAUCCUGGUAGAGUGAAAGGACAAUGUCCUUUGGUUGCAAAAAUACAGGACUGAGAGGGCUCCCUUUUUCUUUCAUUUUAGUGCUUUUUGCUGUAUUUCUACAUUUCAAUGGACAUGUAUGAAGACUUCCUUUCUUUUUUUCCCCUUUUUUUAUUUUUUUUUAACGAGACUUCACACUUCCCAACAUACUGCUAUAGUAUUACUACCACUAUUUACACUUCUACAGCUACUGUUGCUAUAAACUCCAAUGUUACGAGGGAAUGGGAAAAGAUUGUGAAUUACAUGAGGUGUAUGGUUGCCCAGGUUUCUUUUUUUUUUUCUUUAUUGAUAGCAUCUUCUUCAUCGGCAGGGUAUGAUCUCAGAAAUUAUCCACUUUUCUGAAGGAAAUAAUCAAAGCAAUCUGCUGUACCCCAAGGACUGCAGGAGAAUGCAGCGAGCAAGCCUUUAUUUCUCUUGCAUCCACACCACGAAAAUGAAAACCGAGAGUUGUUCCCCGUAGGAUUAAAAAAAAAAAAAAGACAUCAAGACACACAGGAGUAUACAAGUUCUAAAAUCGCAGAGAAUUUAAUUGAAAGAAAUUUUAGAAACGACAUGAAUACGAAGGAAACAAAGACUGCUUCUAGCCAUAGAAAACCCCCCAAACAUGCAUUGAAUUCUGCAAAGCAAAAAGAAAAAAAAAUUGCUGACCCAGUAUCAUUAUCUAAAGAAACGCAUGCAAAUGGCAGACUGUAACCCCAUACAUUAUAUAAAUAUUAUACAUAUAUAUAUAUAUAUAUAAAUAAAUAUAUAUAUAUACGCAUAUAAUAUACAUAAAAGGAUGCUCUAUGCUUGGCAUACAUAGGUACACCUGCAGCCAAAUUUGAAGAAACCAAAUAUGAGUACUGCUUGUCACACUUUUCUCACGAUACGAUACGCGUGAAGUUCUUCCAUAUCACCUCAUAGGUUGUCCUUGAAAACAUCUUUUUCUGCUGGAUGAAGCAGCAUGUUUGCUUGAGAGUGUAAAAAAAAAAGAAGAGUGAGAUGAAGAGAUUGUGUUAUUUUACAAAUAACUACAAGUUGUGCUUUUUCAAGCUUCUGUCGAUAGCUGGCGCGGUUAUGCGAGUAGUGCAAAAAAACUACACUUGUGCAGCAACUGCAUCCGUUUCUUCCUUCUCGACAUUUUUUUUUUUAUUCCUUCCACAAAUCCUUGUUUUCUUUUUGUACUUCAUUACUUCCUUUAUUUCCAUUUCUCUCCUUGCUUUUGGGCUACUUAGAAUGCCCACAAGUAAGAAUACAUGGAUAUUUGUGAUAUAAAUAUAUCCGUGUGCCGUGUUGAGAAAAAAAUUGUGGAGAAAAAAAGGAACACUUGGUAGGAUUGGGACUUGUGGUGCAGUGAUGUUGCUGAUGCAUUUUGUAUACUGUACCAAUACAGUUUGCCUUUUUGAUCUUUAAAAGCA